AUGGCGCCCGGGGUGCGUGAAGAGAGUCCUGGAUGUGAAUUGGAGACCAGUCAAACAGAAGGACAGACAGAAAGUCAAACAGAAGGACAGACAGAAAGUCAGACAUCAGAUGUGAUGGUGUACGAGAUCUUUGGUUUUGAAGAUGUAACUCUGCCCUACUCUCUGACCAUCAUCGAUACUCCUGGAUAUGGAGACACCAGAGGGAUCGAACAUGAGGACAUCAUCAGUCACAGAUUGUUGAACCUGUUUCAAUCAGAGGAUGGAGUCCAUGAAGUUCAUGCUGUGGGUCUGGUGAUGAAGGCGAGUGUGAAUCGACUGAGUGAGCGGCUGCUGUAUGUCUUUGAUUCAGUGAUGUCUCUGUUUGGAAAAAACAUGGAGAAAAACAUUGUAGCUCUGAUCACACACUCAGAUGGAAGCAGACCUGAAAAUGCUUUUAAAGCUCUUGAAGUUGCAGAAAUUAAAUGUGCCAAAAAUGAGAAGAAUCGGCCUGUUCACUUCCUCUUUAAUAACUCACAGUAUGAAAACCGAACAGAAGAAAACAAGUUUUCAAAACUUUCAUGGGAACUCACACAGGAAAACAUGAAUCAAUUGACAGACUUCAUGGGAAACUCUAAUCCUCAAACACUGAUGAAAGCAGUUGAAGUGUUAAAUGAACGAAUCAGACUGAAAGCCUGCAUCCAAAACCUGAAAGAGAGAAUCGAGCUGGGUGAACUGAAACAGACAGAGAUCGGACAAAAGAGAGAAGCUCUGAAGAAACAUGAAGAAAAACAAAGAGAAGAAAAGAAAAAGCUUGAAGAAGCUAAAAAAAUCUACGAAACUCUAAAGAACCAAGGAGAACAGAAACGUGAAGAAGCUCUAAAAAUACAACAAACUAUAAAGGAACUUGAAGCAGAGAUGAAGAGGAAUGAGAAUUUCACUGUAGAAGUUGAUGAACUGGAGCAGAUCGCUCUGAAAGCUGAUUCAGCAUCCACUAUUGUCCACUUGGACUUCCUGAUUGAGAAGAUGAAGGAGAAAGGAAACACAGAGAAGGUCCAGAAACUGGAGGAGAUGAGAAGCAGA